UGAUGCUAAAUCCAGUAGCUAACAUGGCCUCUCAGCCCCGGUCUGAGCUGAACAACAGCAGGCAGGAGCAGUGGCAUGCUAAUAACCGCGUUAGCUGACGAGCUAGCUGCUGUCCUCAAAAUGUGAAUACACGCAUCACCCGCGGUCGUCAACCACGAAGAAGGUCCCGGGGCAUUAAGCAAAAUCAAACAAUAUGCACAAUUAUUAACAAUAUUGCACCCCGUGGCAAUGCACAUUAUGUUAGAGAAGAAAGUGAAAAUGGCGGUGAACAGGAGGCCGCCAUUCCCCUUACCGGAGGUUUCGUCCGCUCCGUCAUGGUUCGAGUUCAGCUCCUUUUUACUCACUUUUGCCGCCGAGGCCGACAUCUUUUCGCAAGCUGGGAUAACUUACAGGCGUCUGAUAGAAUAGCUGGUAGCUCUGAAUCUGGUUUCUCCUUGAACAGGAGAACGUUAAUUCGGCGUAAAGUUCAGCGUGCAGAAGCCAACAACGUGCUGCUUUCCACACAAUGUAGCUGCCGAUGAGCGAGGAAGUCACAGCAAGCGCUGCUCACGCGCUCCUUUCAUUACGAACGCGCCUCACCGAGUCGAGAAGCGACGAGCUCCGCCUCUCAAAAUAGGUCUCACUACUCAGCACCAAUUUGCUCAUUUACUACUGUCUCUUCUCUUAAAAUUACACCCAAAAUUAGCUAAACCUCAAACUAUGAAUUAUAUUUAUCAAAUAAGCGAUUUCAAAAAUCAAGUGAGGCCAAAAUUUACGUUUAUUCAGGCAAGGCCAAAGCUUCAGUUGGACCGACUCGCACUUGCGCACUUUAAAAAGAUGCUGAAUAUCAGUAGAGGAGGAGGCUGGAGCCUCAUUCUGGUGGUCAGUGCAAAUUAGCCCGUUAGUCGCAGUUUUGUCCCGAGCCAAUUGUUUGUUUAAGAUAAGAGGAGGCCGAGCAAACAUGAUAUUUAUGUUUAGAAUAUUCACAGUAGUUUGCGUAUUGUCUUUAUAAACAAAUCCAUGUCUAAAUAAUAGCUUUAGCCGGGGAAACCUUUAAGCUAACUUAGUGGACGCGCAAUUACGACGGUGAGGGAUGUUGUUCAAGCGUGUCCCUUCAUGUCUACAUGUAACUCAUAUAUUAAGGGCUUUAAUUCAGUCGCCUGUCAACUUGAGCCCACCAUUCUCCACUAUCAUUUUACAGGGCAACAGCCGGCCGAGAAGAGGAUAACAGCAACCACAGAGCUGUCAUGUAUUAAGACAAGAAGUGUGUAUGCAGGGCUUGGAAACAUUCACAGUGGGGAUUCACAAUUCUGUCAGCAAACUUAGCUGUAUGUCUAGGAUCAUGUUCAGUACAACAGCAGCUGCUCCUUUGUUUCUCACCUCCUUGAUGUGUGUUGACUACUAUAAACAUGUGUUUUAAUGUCUCUCACACCACCUUCUUGUCUAAGCAGGUUAAACAAAUAUCCUCAAAGCUGCAGGCUUGUCUCUGCCUUGUUCCAAAGAGAGAAGCAGCUCAGUGUUUGUCUUUUGGUUGGUGACAGCACAAGAACAUGUGGUCAUGCAGUGGCCAAUACCAAGCCCAGCGCAGGCGAUCAGCACUGUCAGACUUGCAGCAGCAGUGCUGGCACAGGAGAGAGGAACUCUGCCGUCCUCCUGCAGAGAGAAACUCCCCCUAAAAGAGACAGAGAGAGAGAGAGAGAGAGGGAUUUGGUUACAGAGCAGAGGAUGAGGAUGCAGUGGGACGCUAUGUUGCAGAGGAGUCUGCAAGGAUGCAAAAACAAACAGGAGGACAGGCUCUGUGAUCCAGAUCUCAAGAUGUAGGAGCCACAUCAGAAGAGCCCUCAGUCAAAGUGUGUCUGUGAACGCACCAUAACAUCAGGGGACUUCUGUUUCAAGGAUAGUGAAGGUGGAGAGAGACGCAACCUAAGAAGUCCCCCCUCCACCUCCACAGAGGAUGACAAAUUAGUCUUUACUCUGCAAGGAGCGAAAGCAUCACCCUGAGGAUCAGAUGUUGUCCACAGCUCAGCAGAUGCUGCAGGAUAGCCGCUCCAAGAUCGAGCUGAUCCGACUGCAGAUUAUCAAAGUCACCCAGGCGGGCAGUAGCGGUGGCGGCGGUAUUGGCGGUGAUGGUGGCAGCAACCAUGACAGCUCUACACAUGGAGGGAUCUGUCCGGUUGCUGUCAGUCCUUUGGACGUUCGUUUGGCAGAGUUGCAGCACUACAUGCAAAGAGAGACAGAUGCGUUGGUGCUGGCCAAAGAUGUGGUAAAGCAGCUGGAUGGAAUCUCAUCACUGGACCAGAAGGCUCUGGCUGAGGCUCAGUCCCGGGUGCAGGAGUCCUCCCAGAAGCUGGAUCUUCUGCGACUGUCCCUGGAGAAAUGCCUAAAGGAAAAGAAUCAGGAGCCUCUACAGCAGCCUGCAGGGGGGGUCGACCCUUCAGAGGGACCCCCGUCUUCCCAAAACUCCAGACCUGGAUGUUCUCUGUCCAGCUCCCUGUCCAUCUUCUCUAUCAGACCUGCCUCCUUGACUGGUAAACUUGAAGUCAGGCUUCUUGGAUGUGGGGAUUUACUGGAACCUUUGACAAACCCAGAGCAGGAAAACUGUCCCACUGAGGAAAGUUCACCAGCUGCUCAUGGGACAGACGGAUCCUCUAUGGAGAUCAGCGUGGUGCUCAGGCUGGACACCAGAGUGGUCGGCCAGACACGCUGGGCAGCCGUCAGCAGGCUGAGCUGGGAUCAGACAUUCUGCAUUCAGCUGGAGCGGUCUCGAGAGCUGGAGGUCAGCGUCUUCUGGCGUGACCGGAGGGCGAUGUGUGCUGUCAAGUUCCUUCGACUGGAGGAGAUGAUGGACAAGCCAGAACACAACGAGGAGUUAAGUCUGGAACCACAGGGGCUUCUCUAUACCAAGCUUCGAUUCAUUGACACUAUUGUUGAGCGGCAGCCGAAACUGAGACGUCAGCGAUGUAUCUUCACUAAAGAGAGAGGGAAAAAUUUUCUCAGAGCAGCCCAGAUGAACAUGAAUUUUUCCACAUGGGGUCAUCUGAUGAUGAACAUCCUCCCUCGCUACAGCUCCUUCACCACAUUCAGCUCGUCCCUCUCUACCACCCCCGACCUUGUGGCCAACGGCACCCUACGUCCAACUGAGAAGGAGCCUCAAACCACCACUCCACUGCCAAGCAAAGCUCCAGUGAUCAGACUCAGCAUCACUGAGGAUCAGCGCUCUCCCACCAACACUCCCGCCAUCAUCAGUACAGCACACGAAACCUCAUCUGUUGCACUGCAAGAAAAACUGUCAUCCAUAAACAACACAGAAGGAAGUGAAGAUCAGCCUGUAUCUGCUUUAAAGAUGCAGAUGGAAGAUUACAAAUAUAUUUCAGUUUUGGGUAGAGGACACUUUGGGAAGGUCCUGCUGGCAGAGUUUAAGAAGACAGGAAAACUGUACGCCAUCAAAGCCUUGAAGAAAAAAGACAUUGUGACUCGUGAUGAAGUGGACAGCCUAAUGAGUGAGAAGAGGAUCUUUGAGAUGAUCAACGCAUCUAGACAUCCCUUCCUGGUGAACCUCCACGGCUGCUUCCAGACCAGCGACCAUGUCUGCUUUGUCAUGGAGUAUUUACCAGGCGGCGACCUCAUGAUUCACAUCCACAACAAUGUCUUCACUGAGGCCCAAACCAGGUUCAAUUCAGCAUGUGUCCUGCUGGGUUUAGAGUUCCUGCAUCUCAAUAAAAUCAUAUAUCGAGAUCUGAAGCUGGACAACCUGUUAAUGGAUGCAGAUGGAUUUGUAAAAAUCACAGACUUUGGACUUUGUAAAGAAGGGAUGGGUCAUGGAGAUCGGACCUCGACUUUCUGUGGCACUCCUGAGUUCCUGGCUCCUGAGGUCCUGACAGACGACAACUACACCCGAGCGGUGGACUGGUGGGGGAUGGGUGUUCUCAUCUACGAGAUGCUUGUGGGAGAGUCUCCAUUCCCUGGUGAGGAUGAGGAGGAGGUGUUCGACAGCAUUGUCAAUGAUGAUGUGCAGUAUCCGGAGUCUCUUCCUCUGGGUGCUGUCUCCAUCAUCCAGAAGCUGUUGAAGAAGAAUCCUCUGAAAAGGCUUGGAGGUGGAGAGAGGGAUGCACAUGAGGUCAAAGGAGAGAAAUUCUUUGAGACCAUCGACUGGGAAGCCCUGCUGGCCAAGAAAGUCAAACCGCCGUUCCUGCCGGCAAUCAAAGAGUCAAUGGAUGUCAGCAACUUUGACAGCGAGUUCACUAGACUCCAGCCAAUCCUGUCGCCUCCCUCCAAGCCCUUCAGCCUCUCUGCGGAGCAGCAGGAAGCCUUCGCAGACUUUGAUUUCUGCGCCUUGCAUGGAUAAAAGAUGAGCUGAAAAGACCAGGGUGGGAAAUCACUACCAGACAAAUGCAUCUGUUUUUGUUGCUGGGAAGUUUGUCCACUUAAGAGGUUACCUUGGCAGGUACACUACCAUUAUCAUUUACGUAUAAUCAACUCCCUUAUUGGCUAGUAAAAUAAGUCAAGUUACCAGCUACUUUAUUUUAUUAUUUUAGUUUUUUUGGACAAAAACAUUUAAGCUGUGAGUUAACAUUGAUAGGACUUUUUAAAACUUUAGUCUUUGGUUUAGUACUGUAUUAGUUGAUUCAUUUUAUUUUUUAUCAAUUCAUCCGUCAAUUGGCAUAAAAUUGGUCUGUGACGUCCUUUGUAGUACAGAUACUAAACAUUUGCUUAUUACAACCACAAAUGUUUGCUUCAUAGCAUUUACAUGAAUACUAUGCCAAUAAGCACUUUUUUAACUUGUAAUGGCCUUUGUUUGUCAUAACUUUUAACAGUUUAUAGACAAAAUUGAUUAAUCAAAAAAAAUAGAUAGACUAAAAGAAUAAUUCAGCAUUUUGGGAAAUAGACUUGUUAGCUUUCUUGCUGAGGGUGAAAUGAGAGGCUUGAUACAUCAUCCAGAUGCUGCUACCCUCAGCAGCUGGCUAACCUAGAAUAGCUAGCAAACUGGAAACAGCGGCAAAAAGCUAGCCUGGCUCUGUCCAAAGGUAACAAAAUCCACCUACCAGCCACUCAGCCCCGCUAGCUGUUUCCCUGUUUCCAGUCUUUGUGCUAAGCUAAGGUAAUUGACCGCUGCCCGUAGCUUCAUAUUUACCGUACAGACAUGAGUGAUACCAAUAUUUAUUUAACAUAUAUUUAAUAUAACAUUAACAUUAACAUUACUUAACAUUUAGGUAUUUGCUAUUGCUAUUAACACUUCAAGCCCCUAUAUGAUCACUUUAUCUCUGGUGCAGUAAAAGCCUCACUUGAUUACCCUUUACAGAAAGUUUCCCACCUUGGUCUUGAUGGUACUACCAAUAGACGAAUACCUUGGAUAUAUCUACAGCUCAAUCAUUUCCAAACAGGACGCUACAUACGAUCCCAUGGCUGAUUUCGCGGACUGUUCUCACCAUCAUCAAGUCAACAGCCAGUCGUCAAUCAGAUAACCAGGCAGCAUCUUUUUUUGUUUUUAACCGAGCAAAGAAAGCGAUUGUAGCCCUUUAUAUUCUCUGUGGAGAGUCAAGUUGGUUCUGACUGUUCCAGCAGUAAUACAACUCUGCUAUAAGAGUUUAUUUAUAAGAUUUGGUCAGGUGAAAUGUUGUACAAGUAGAUGAAACAAAAGUGAUAGAGGCAAAUACAGGAUGCUUGAAGAGUUUAACAUCAUCACCUCGUCCUUACACGUUAUUCCUCUUGAUAGUUUCCUUCCAAUACUCCAACACUUGAUAAUUUGCUGUGUACCUGUCAAAUUCAGGGGGUUUAAAAACUAAUUUUCAAAUUACAGUAGCCAUGCAAGACAUUUCAUAAAGCUGUGAUACUGUUGUAAAAGACUGUCAAGAGAGGUCUGUCAUUUUUUAGGGUUGAAGUUUAAGGAACAUCCUGCUUUUCAGUGUUACAUGUCAGUCCAGUGUUCCUCCGGUUGAAGUCAUAAUUCCAGCGACUUUUCUUCUUGCUAAAUUACAUGAUUUUGAAGAUUUUGCAUCUGAUACACCAGUAGUUAAAGCAGCAACUGCCUGGACUCUGAAUGCCUGUAAGCUGCCUUAUGUUUCCUAUAUAAAAUGAUGAUUGUCAUACCUCUCUGAAAGUUAACAUGUAGCCUAAUGCUGACUCAUAUUGUGUAGCAGUGUUGGCUGCCUCAGUUUCUGGUGCUUCAGUCACAAACAGGGCAUAAUUAUGUAAUGUGGUAAGAAGAAAUGUCUCAAGAAUCAUGACAACACAAUAUCACAUAGGAAAACAACAAUGACACAAAGAGGGAAGUAGAUUUGCCACAGCCAACAACACUGACUGAAAGACACUUUGUGGAAUUUUUUACUUAACAACACUACAAAAGGUUCAAAUCAAAUUAGCAUUUACUGCAGAGCUAUUGUAUUAUUAUUUUGGUAACGCUGAAUAAUACGCUGCAGAUCAGCAGAUAUAUCGGUAUCAGCACGCACAUCAGCCAGCAAGUAAAAUAUGUACAACAAAUUCAUGAGGUGUUUAAAAAAAAACUGUUAUCAGUUUUUUAAAAUCAAAAUAUCAGUCUCAAUAAUUCAGGAUUGGUCGGGCUAUUACAGUCUCUAUUCCAAAACGUUUACAAUGGCAGCUUAGUUAACCAACUCACCAAACUAGCUAGGUUGUUACUCGGCUACGCUGUCUCCUUUAGCUGCUGAUGUUAAUAUGCUAACGCUAACCUCUACUAGUGUCCUGCUAAUAAAUUUCAAGUUUAUUAUUCCAACAAUGGUAAAUGUAAAAUUUUAAGGACUAUUUUGUAGAAACAUUUGACAAAACAUAAAGCAUAAAAACAUUUCUCAUCAAGACAGUGAUGGAAAGCAAAUCAGACAUCACAGUUUGCUAGGUAAAUAAUGUAUUAGCUAAACAUGUAUAAGCAAUGAAAUGAUAGGUUCUUGGUCAUCAACACAUAAAUUAACUUCAUUUACCUAUUUCCUUUUUUAAAAAAACAUUGCCUUUGUAAUAAACCAAUGUCAUUCUUGAAACUAAUAACCAGCCGUAGCCUCUUCAAGCAUCCUGUGUAUUGGAGACAGAUUCAGUUCGCUUUGUGGCCUUUGCUUAUUAUAUUUAUUUAGGAUAUUUAUCCCUCAGAGGUACAGUAUUUGCUGCCGUUUCUAUGCAUCACUGUGACAGGCUUCGCCCACUGCCUUGACCAAACAAAAGAAACAAAGCUAACCCAGUUUCUGGUUAAAAGCCUUUUUUAAAAGAUGUUCAAUCCAACAUGGAAAUGUUUUGUGUAUUUGUCUAGUCAUUCCCUCAUAGCAAAGACGUGCGCAUUCACACAUCAGUCUCCUCCUGAGCAACUGUUUUCUGUUACAACAGUAGAAGUGCAUGGCACCAUGGUGAACUAGGCACUAGAAAUCCUGUAAUUGCUAGCAGUAUAAAAGAAGCCAUAGAGAAUCUAAUAUAGCCAUAAUAUUAAGGAAAUAUCUGUAUUUUGAAUUUAGCAAAUCAUAUUCUGUGAUACUGAGCUCUAAUGAUGUCAGUGCAAUAACAGAAGGGGAAGAAGAGGAGCGGCAGGGACGAAGCUUGAAGAUGCAUGCCCUGAUUUUGUUGAAGUGGACCCAUUUUUGAUAUUUUCAAACUCACAGCUGAGUUCAAAAACAUCAGCACUACUGGAGAGCUGGGGGAUCUAUUGGGCCCUAUAUAAAAAUUAGACAGGGGAAUUUAAAGAGUAACUUAACACUAAAUCAACUUAGAAUUAGUAUUUUUAGUAUUUAGUAAUAUGUAUAUUUUAUUAUACUAUUAAUCGAUCAAGUCCCAAUCUUUAGUGUCCAUGACAGUAAGUCUGUCAUCUAGACUAAAAAAUAGGUGAUAAUGUCUUGUAUAAAGAUGUAAAAGAAAAUAAAAGUUAAUAUUAUUGUACUCUUGUGCCCCAGAGAACAAGGCAACUUCACAUUCACCCAAUCAAGAUAUACCGUAUACAGACAGAAAUCUUUUGGAGAGUUCUGCAGUUUGGAGAGUUCUGUUUCAUUAAUCCUGACUGCCAAAAACGCUGGAAACCCGGGUAUUACAUAUCGUCUCAGGCCGUCAUCUAGAAGGCAUAGACCAUAGUUAUGUGUGUAAUUCUUGUUUAUAGUUGGAAUUUGAAAAGAGAUUGAGACUGUAAAACAGUGGCUGAAGUGCAUCUGUAUGGAAGUGAAUAUAUGUGACAAAAAAACUGAGUGAGCACAAAACAAAAAAAUCAGGUUUGAGUGGCCAAUCCCUCAUUUCUGUGUCUGUGGUCAGUGUAAACUUCAGCUGAAUGUGCCCAUAUCCUUUUUAGGGUCAUGACUUAUUAAGACAAUUUCUCUGUCAUGAUGACUUAGAAAUGUGUGACUUUGCGAGCAUAUGAAACAUACCUUUAAUAAUUUAAUAUAAACUAACUUUGAUUUUUAAAAUAAUGCAAAUAUUGCUAAGUCUCAUAUGUCACUGCCACAGGGUUUUGUUUUGAAAGUGGAUGGAGGUGUCUAACAGUGUGACGCUUCCGGGUCAAAUCAAAUACAUUAGUUUGAGUUUCCGCUACUGCAACAAAAAAUAAAUAAAAGGUCAAAUCUUACUUUCCCCAUAGACCAACAUUAUAAAAGAGACUUUUGAUUGGACAGCUCAAGCUGCAAAGGUAAAUCUCACUGUAAGUCUGUGGGCCAAGCAGGAACAAAGGGGCAGGGCCAGUAGGAGAAACGGUAAUGAACAUGUGCAGUGGGCUGCACAACGUGGAAGCUAGAAAACCUUUUUGUUAACUGAGUGGGUCUUAGUAUCUCUUUACUCUAAUACAUCCAUGGUUCCAUCCAUCCAUUCAUCGUCAACUGCUUAUCCUGCGUACAGGAUCGCGGGGGGCUGCAGCCAAUCCCAGCUGACAUCAGGCGAAAGGCAGGGUACACCCUGGACAGGUCACCAGUCCAUCGCAGAUCUUUCAGGCUCAAAACAUCUUAGUCACUUGUGCACAAAACUGACUGUGCUCGUAUAAAUCUGUGCUCACGUGCUCUCAAAUGUUGUCUUGCAGGAAUUUUAGGUCUCACUCAGUUCUUUUGUCAUUUAUUGACCUCCAUAUGUAGAGGUAGUAAUUAUGUCAUACGUGUAGGAGGCGCCUUCGAGCUGUAACGGGGUGUUAAGUUGCUCUUUAAAUAGGACCACUGUCCUGAAACCGAAAGGUCCUGAAAGGCCAGUAUGUCCAUUCAUGGCCAAGUGUCCUGCUAAAGUGUCCCUGUGCAAUACUGAACCCUCCACCAGAUAAGAUUGUCAGCUUAGUCAGUCAACUCUAACAGAACCAGCCGGUGUUGAUUUAGCUGCUGUAGCACUUUAAGUUUAUGCUGCUAAAUAUUAUGUGUUACUUAUGUGUCAGUACUGUAUUUAUGUAUGUGAAGCAUCCUGACUAGGAAUGUCAGUCUGUACGGAUGUACUCUAUAACAACAUGCAUAUCAUCAGUGUUUUAAUGUACUCUUGUUGUCAAUAAAUACAAACUGAACAAAUGCAAA